CACAUUUAUAUAAUAUUCUUCAAAUGACAAAAUGAUACAAAUGGAGAGAAGGUCAGUGUUUGCUAGGGUUUGGGGACGCGGGAGAGAGGAACGUGGCUGUGGCUCUAAAAGAGUAGCAGGAGCCAUCCUGCAAGGGACACUGUUACUCGUCUUGGCAGUGCUGUCACAGACAUCUAUCUAUAUAAGUGACAGAAGUGCACAGAACUAAACGCACACAAAUGAAUGCGUGGGACACUGACAGAAUUUGAAUAUGGUCCACGAAUUGCGACAGCGUCAAUUUCCUGCUUGUGACAUUAUACUAUAGUUAUUCAAAAUGUUACCAGUGGGGGAACAGCGACGUCCGGGCUUCCCUAAUUUCACUCCUAGAACCGGGAAUUUCUCUUUGUGAAUCCAGACCUUCCUCAUGACAGUCCCGGUUCUCAAUAACGUCAGGCUUAAUUUGAGAUCCAAAGAAAAGCGAAAACGCAACUGCAAAAGAGGAGGACGGUGGACUAGGAGAAUUCGUCUAAAUGAGUCAGCCAGCUCCUCCCUCCUCUUGUCCAUGCCUUCCUCCGAUAUUUGAAAUUUCCUGGCGGAAUAAAGUUGCAGCCGGAAUAAGACACAGGGGUGGUAGAGAGAGCAGAGGGGCAGGCGUGAGGCGUCAGGCGUGAGCAAGUGGCCUGGACUGCGCUCCCUGGGCAUGUGACCUGACCAGACGCACCUCGGCGACACUUCCGCUGUCAUUCAGCUGUCCGAUCGGGUCUCCCACCGUGAUCCGACCGGUGGAGGGCAGGGCCGCUCUCCCGCCAGCCUGAGGUCCAGGAGUGCAGGAACUCUUGGAGAGGUGAAGUCGGAGCGACAGGCGGAGACCAGCGAAGGGAGGUGACCAGUGGAGAAGUCAAGUAUGAGCGCCCACCGGCUGUGUUUACCGGAAAGACCUUGCUUCCCGAUGGCUUUGCCCACUCCCUCUGCGUGGGGACACGACACCGAAUGGACUUUGGGAGUCAGGAGAGGCGAAGAGGGAAGACGGGGAGGGAUCCAGGCCUCCGCAGGUGAUGGUCCGGGUCUCCGCUCUGCGCGGCCGGCGGCGCGGCGAGGACUGGGGCGGCGGCACGGGGGUCUCCGUGGUUGCCGGGGCUUUUUCUAGAGGAAGGGGUGGGAAUGCUGAGUCACAGAUCUGUCACGGCUUCUCACCUCUCCCCAGCCCUGUGGGGGCUAAAGCAAAAGCGAAAGCGAAUGCGACUCGUAGGACGGUCAGUCCCAGGAACUGCGCCCUCCACCUCCUCCCAGACCGCCCGGCAUCUGCGCUCGCCGGCAGCUGGGCGCCCCGGGCGUCCUGUGCGAGCCCGAAAGGUAGCCCGCGACGGCGCGGCCGAGGGCAAGGCCAUGGCCGGCCUGCGACUCCGGGGCUGCCGGGUCAGCGACCUCUCGGAGCUGCUCUUGCUGCUGCUGCUCUGGCCGCCGGUGACGCCAGGUACCACAUGCGCUACUCCCACAUCGAUUGAACAUGCAGACAUCCGCAUCAAGAGUUACAACGAGAACUCCAGGGAGCGGUAUAUUUGUAACUCCGGUUUCAAGCGUAAAGCUGGUACGUCCAGCCUGACUAAGUGCCAGCGUGACGAGGCCACAAACAUUACCAGAUGGACAAUUCCCAGUCUCAAGUGUAUCAAGCCAGCUUUCACUUCCAAGUCAGACACCACAGUGGCCACAAAGCCAGCUAUUGUACCAGGCUCCAGGCUGACGCCAUCCCAACCUCCUUCUGCAGGAACCACAGGGGUAGUCAGGAAUGAGCCCUCCCAAGUCCCAUCUCAGACAACAGCAAAGGCCUUGGAACACACUCCCUCUUCCUCGCUCGAGAAGCCAGGUGCAUAUUCACACGAUUCCAGAACUGUCGCUGUGGCAAUCUCUGUACCGGUCGCUGUGCUUUGUGGAGUAUGUUUGGUAUUUCUUGUGGUAUGCUACGUAAGACCAAGGCAAACUCCCAGAAGACCCAGUGUUGAAAUGGAAAAUAUGGAAGAUAUGCCGAUGACUGGGAGAACCAAUGGCAGAGAGGACACAGAAAACUAACCCACGGCCUAGGAAACUCCAGGGAAACCUGGGGCCAGCAAGCCUAGAGCAAAGGCGCCAACUUUGCUCUGGCCAAAGGGGACCUAGAAAAGACUCAAGGAAUUGGGUGCCGGGGUAAAGCCCACCAGGAUGAUAGAAUGUCCUGGCAUCACCUUAUCAACUGUGCCAAGCCUAGGCGCCGUCUCUGAGCAGGUUCUCCUGGACUAGGAUAGAAGCUCACUGCCUGCCCUGCCCCAUCUCAGGUGUAGGACUGAUCCCAAAGUGCCAGCAUUGAGGGCCUCAGGUCUUCUUAUCAGGGCUUUUAUUCCAUUAAGACAUUUAUUCAGGAUAGCUUAUCAGAUUGACUCUUCCGUUCCUCAUCCUGACUUGCAGUUUACAAAGAAAAGAAGUAAACCUGAGGCUCUAAGUGAAUUACUAGGCUCCUCCUGCCUCAGGAGAUGCCUACAAGGAUGUCAUCAGCAUUUCAGCUCCUAAAACUCUCUCCCGCUAGGUGCUCUGCCUGCACUGAAAAGGGAGCAAAGGGAUACCGUGCCCAAUGAAUCUUCUCGAUGUAAGGAUUCAGAAAAACUGAACUCAGUGACUUUUUCCAUACAUGCAUGCAUUUAUAUUUAUACUUCCUUGUCUAAUGCAUCUACAUAUUAUAAGACUUGUAUUUUGAAAUUGUGCCUUGUAUAAACAAAAUAAAAUGUCUAUUUUCAAUUAAAAACUGUCCUAAAAGAAUCAUUGAGAAGAAAUGUAUAUAAAGAAAAAAAGAGGAGAAAGAGUGGGAAUGCAGUCCCAAGUGGUUGAGUUCAGCUUUUUCAAAAGGAGAAAAAAAUCUUGCCGAAAUCCAGAUCAGAUCAAUUUUGGAGAAUUUCUAAUAGGAUUUCCAUGUGAAAAGCAAAAAGGGGGAGGUUAUGGCCCAGGUAUACUUGGUACAUACACACAGUCUCUUGCCCUGCAUUGCUUGCUCGCUCG